AUGGUCGGCGAAACAGGUCCCAUCACGGCGUCUUUGGCGAUCAACAUGACCAUCGCCGGCUUUUUUGCGGUUGCGUGCUACAAUUGCGUCGAAAUCCUCGUCUCGCUUCUCGAUCGCUUCAAGCGACACGACAGCCUGUAUUUCUGGAGCAUGCUGGCGGCAACGUUGGGUAUCGUGCUUCACUCGAUAGUGGUAUUACUUCGCUACUAUAGCUUAGGGCCCAACUUCCCACUGGCUGUCUUGACAUGUGUCGGAUGGUAUGCUAUGGUGACUGGCCAGUCUGUCGUUCUCUACUCCCGCCUGCAUCUUAUCAUCGCAAAUAGAGCAAAGACCCGCUGGAUCCUGGUUAUGAUUGUCACGAAUUUUUGCAUCCUUCACAUUCCGGUUACAGUUCUGUUCCUCGGCAGCAAUACACGAAAUUCCGACCGGUUUCUUCCCGCGUUCGAGAUCUAUGAGCGGAUACAACUCGCUGGAUUCUCUAUACAAGAGUCCGUCAUCUCUGGUCUUUACAUCUGGGAAGCGGCCCACGGACUCCAGCCCAUCUUCGCGAUCAGAAGGGCCACGGAGCGCAAGGUGAUCAGACACCUCAUAAUGGUCAACAUCUUGGUUGUGCUGCUCGACAUAAGCCUUCUUCUUACUCAAUAUCUGGACCACUUCCAGAUCCAAACGACAUACAAGCCGGUGGUUUACAGCAUCAAGCUGAAGAUGGAAUUCGUUGUUCUCAACAGGCUGCUGCUCCUCGUUCGGCACAGGGAGUGCAACUGUAUGCUGGUUGUGGACGAGCCUGAAGGUAGUGUUCCUCGGUCGUUCGGUAACCCCGAAUGUCUUUCAUUCGGACGAGGUCCACGUUCUAGGAGAUCCAAUGACGAUGGGAUUCAACUACAUUACGUCCCACCCACCAAUGCAUCAUCACGUCUAGGCGAUUAA